AUGGUGCCUCGAGGAAAUAACACAGACGGUGAAGUGGCUCUUGAUAGGACGACGUUUGAACAAGCUCAUCAGCAACAUGAGAACAAGAAGCUCGUUAUUGGGUAUGCUUUGACUUCUAAGAAGAAGAAGAGUUUCUUGCAACCCAAGCUUGAAGUUCUUGCUAGGAAAAAAGGCAUUUCCUUUGUGUCCAUUGACCAGGACAAGCCACUCUCUGAACAAGGGCCAUUUGAUGUCGUUUUGCAUAAGUUGCUGGGAAAUGCGUGGCACGAGGUUAUCGAGGAUUACCAGCAAAAACAUCCAGAAGUGACUGUACUUGAUCCUCCAGGUGCAAUCCAGCGUAUAUAUAAUCGACAAUCAAUGCUCCAGGGUAUUGCAGAUUUAAAUCUUGCAGAUUGUGAUGGCAUAGUAUGUGUCCCGAAACAAAUGGUUGUCUUAAAAGAUACAACAUCUAGCGCUGACGAAGUUGCAGAAGCCGGUCUAAAAUUUCCACUAGUUGCAAAGCCACUUUUAGUCGAUGGAACUGCAAAGUCUCAUCAGUUGUUCUUAGCCUAUGACCGUCUCUCGCUUGCAGAACUUGAACCCCCUUUGGUUCUUCAAGAAUUUGUAAAUCAUGGUGGAGUUCUCUUCAAGGUUUUUGUUGUUGGUGAUGUGAUAAGGGUGGUCCGACGGUUUUCUCUACCCAAUGUAAGCAAUUGUGAAAAGGCCAAAGUUGCCGGUGUAUUUCAAUUCCCAAGGGUAUCAUCUGCUGCAGCUUCAGUAGACAAAACAGACUUGGACCCUCGUGUUGCUGAGCUACCUCCAAAGCCUUUACUCGAGGGGCUUGUGAGAGAAUUACGAAACCGUUUGGGACUCCGGCUGUUCAACAUAGACAUGAUCAGAGAACAUGGGAGCAGCGAUGUGUUUUACGUCAUUGACAUCAACUAUUUUCCUGGCAAAUUUGUGAUUCAAUUGGCAGGGUAUGGAAAGAUGCCAGAUUACGAGCAGGUAUUCAUUGAUUUCUUCCUGAGUCUAGCGCAAGCGAAGCAUAGUAAGAGAGAGUGUAUCAAAAGUGGAAUAGAAAUGUGA